AUGGCGAUGCACGCCCUCACCGGCUUCUCUCUGGUCAGCCUGCUCGGCUUCGGCUACCUGUCCUGGGACUGGGCCAAGCCGAGCUUGGUGGCCGACGCGCCCGCGGAGGCCGGCGUGGAGCACCCCUCGGCUGCUCCACCGCAGCCUCCCCACAUCAUAUUCAUCCUCACAGACGACCAGGGCUACCACGACGUGGGCUACCAUGGCUCAGAUAUUGAAACCCCCACACUGGACCGCCUGGCAGCCGAGGGUGUCAAGUUGGAGAAUUAUUAUAUCCAGCCCAUCUGCACGCCUUCACGGAGCCAACUUCUCACCGGCAGAUACCAGAUCCACACAGGACUUCAGCACUCCAUCAUCCGCCCUCGGCAGCCCAACUGCCUGCCCCUGGACCAGGUGACACUGCCCCAGAAGCUUCAAGAGCUGGGCUACUCUACCCAUAUGGUGGGCAAGUGGCACCUGGGCUUCUACCGGAAAGAAUGCCUGCCCACACGCCGGGGCUUUGACACCUUCCUGGGCUCACUCACAGGCAACGUGGACUACUACACCUAUGACAACUGCGAUGGCCCGGGGGUGUGCGGCUUCGACCUGCACGAGGGUGAGAGUGUGGCCUGGGGGCUCAGUGGCCAGUACUCCACUCUGCUCUACGCCCAGCGCGUCAGCCACAUCCUAGCCAGCCACAGCCCCCGGCAGCCCCUCUUCCUCUAUGUGGCCUUCCAGGCGGUCCACACGCCUCUGCAGUCCCCACGCGAGUACCUGUACCGCUACCGCACCAUGGGCAACGUGGCGCGGAGGAAGUACGCAGCCAUGGUGACCUGCAUGGAUGAGGCCGUGCGCAACAUCACCUGGGCCCUCAAGCGCCAUGGUUUCUACAACAACAGUGUCAUCAUCUUCUCUAGUGACAACGGCGGCCAGACCUUCUCCGGGGGCAGCAACUGGCCGCUGAGAGGACGCAAGGGCACUUACUGGGAAGGGGGUGUGCGGGGCCUGGGCUUUGUCCACAGCCCCCUGCUCAAGAGAAAGCGACGGACAAGCCGGGCACUGGUGCACAUCACUGACUGGUACCCGACCCUGGUGGCUCUGGCAGGGGGCACUGCCUCGGCGGCUGAUGGGCUGGACGGUUAUGACGUGUGGCCAGCCAUCAGCGAGGGCCGGGCCUCACCGCGCACGGAGAUUCUGCACAACAUUGACCCACUCUACAACCAUGCCCGGCACGGCUCCCUGGAGGGCGGCUUUGGCAUCUGGAAUACCGCUGUACAGGCCGCCAUCCGCGUGGGCGAGUGGAAGCUGCUGACAGGAGACCCUGGCUAUGGCGACUGGAUCCCACCCCAGACACUGGCUGCCUUCCCUGGCAGUUGGUGGAACCUGGAACGGAUGGCCAGUGCCCGCCAGGCCGUGUGGCUAUUCAACAUCAGUGCUGACCCCUACGAACGGGAGGACCUUGCUGGCCAGAGGCCGGAUGUGGUCCGAGCCCUGCUGGCCCGCCUGGUGGACUAUAACCGCACAGCUAUCCCUGUGCGAUACCCAGCUGAGAAUCCCCGGGCCCACCCUGACUUUAAUGGGGGUGCAUGGGGGCCUUGGGCCAGUGAUGAGGAAGAAGAUGAAGAGGAGGAGGAAGGCAGGGCUCGAAGCCAGUCCAGGGGGCGACGCAAGAAAAAAUGCAAGAUUUGCAAGCUGAGAUCCUUUUUCCGUAAACUCAACACCAGACUGAUGUCCCAUCGGAUCUGA